AGAGAGAGAGAGAGAGAGAGAGAGAGCGAGCGAGCGCUCCCCUUCCUCCCUCUCCUCCCCUCGCCUCUCCUGCGAAGGAAGACGCGGCGAAGACUGAAUCAAAUCAAAACCCCCAUCUCCACCACCUCCUCGUCGCCGCCCGCCGAUCCAUCCACGCCGCCGCGUAGGGUUUGGUUUGGUUUGGUCUGGGUUGGGUUGGGGUGCUCCCGCAACGAUCGUUGGGGGGCGGUGCUCCGUGGCCAGAUCUCGCGCGGCGGCACGCGGAUCUGGGCGUUUCUAGGAGCGGCGGCCGGGGAUGGCGCUCUCCGGGAUGCGGGGGCUGUCGGUCUUCAUCAGCGACAUCCGCAACUGCCACAACAAGGAGCAGGAGCGCCUCCGCGUCGACAAGGAGCUCGGCAACAUCCGCACGCGCUUCAAAAACGAGAAGGGACUAUCGCCUUACGAGAAGAAAAAGUAUGUAUGGAAGAUGCUUUACAUUUAUAUGUUGGGUUAUGAUGUUGACUUUGGGCACAUGGAAACUGUUUCUUUGAUAUCUGCUCCAAAGUAUCCUGAGAAACAGGUUGGGUACAUCGUGACAUCUUGCUUAUUGAAUGAAAAUAAUGAUUUCCUACGGAUGGUCAUAAAUACAGUACGCAAUGACAUAAUAGGACGGAACGAGACUUAUCAAUGCUUAGCAUUGACAAUGGUAGGUAAUAUCGGUGGGAAAGAAUUUUCUGAGUCGCUUGCCCCAGAUGUCCAGAAACUUCUUAUUUCUAGUAGCUGUCGUCCUGUGGUCAGAAAGAAGGCGGCAUUAUGCCUUCUGCGGCUUUAUAGGAAGAACCCUGAUGUUGUGAAUAUCGAUGGCUGGUCUGAUCGGAUGGCACAACUUUUAGAUGAGCGGGAUCUGGGUGUGUUGACAUCUGUCAUGAGCCUUUUUGUUUCACUGGUAUCUAAUAAUGCUGAAGCAUAUUGGAAUUGCCUUCCAAAGUGUGUAAGAAUAUUGGAGAGGAUGGCAAGGAACCAAGAUAUCCCACAAGAAUACACUUACUAUGGAAUUCCAUCUCCGUGGCUUCAGGUUAAGACAAUGAGAGCUCUUCAGUACUUCCCUACAAUUGAAGAUCCUGGUGCAAGACGAGCUUUAUUUGAGGUUUUACAGCGCAUUUUGAUGGGUACUGAUGUUGUUAAAAACGUCAACAAGAAUAAUGCCUCACAUGCUGUUCUCUUUGAAGCUCUUGCUCUUGUUAUGCAUCUUGAUGCUGAAAAGGAGAUGAUGUCCCAGUGUGUGGCGCUUCUUGGGAAGUUUAUUGCAGUUCGGGAGCCAAAUAUUAGGUAUCUUGGUCUGGAAAACAUGAGUAGGAUGCUGUUAGUAACAGACGUACAGGAUAUCAUUAAAAGGCACCAGGCCCAGAUUAUUACUUCUUUGAAAGAUCCAGAUAUCAGUAUUAGAAGGCGGGCUCUUGAUUUGCUAUAUGGUAUGUGUGAUGUUACGAAUGCAAAAGAAAUUGUUGAGGAGUUAUUGCAGUAUCUUAAUACAGCUGAAUUUGCAAUGCGCGAAGAGCUGUCCCUGAAGGCAGCUAUCCUUGCUGAAAAAUUCGCUCCAGAUCUUUCAUGGUAUGUUGAUGUCAUUCUUCAGCUGAUAGACAAAGCAGGAGAUUUUGUAAGUGAUGAUAUAUGGUAUCGAGUGGUACAAUUUGUCACCAACAAUGAAGAUCUGCAGCCAUAUGCUGCAGCAAAGGCUAGAGAAUACCUUGACAAGCCUGCUUUGCAUGAAACAAUGGUCAAGGUGAGUGCGUACCUUCUUGGGGAGUAUGGCCACCUAUUGGCCCGAAGACCUGGUUGUAGUCCUAAGGAGUUGUUUGCUAUAAUAAAUGAUAAGCUUCCAACAGUAUCGACAAGUACUGUUGCUAUUAUUCUGUCGACUUAUGCCAAGAUACUAAUGCACAGUCAAACCCCUGAUGUGGGACUGCAGCAACAAAUCCUGACGAUAUUUAAGAAGUAUGAGAGUUAUAUUGAUGUUGAAAUACAGCAGAGAGCAGUCGAAUAUUUUGAACUAAGCAGGAAAGGUGCUGCUCUAGCAGAUGUGUUGGCAGAAAUGCCAAAAUUUCCUGAACGUGAGUCUGCUCUGUUGAAGAAGGCUGAAGACGCUGAGGUUGACACAGCAGAGCAAAGUGCUAUAAAAUUACGAAGUCAGCAACAAACAUCGACUGCUCUUGUAGUAGCUGAUCACCCACCUGUAAAUGGAUCAGUACCAGCAUCUAAUCAUCUCACUCUGGUGAAGAUGCCAAGUCAAAAUAUCACUGAAGAGAACAAUGUUACUCAUGAAGAAACCCCAGUAGAAAUUCCCAAAGAAAAUGGUGCUCCUGUUGAAGUUGUGAGUAAAGUUGAGAGUAUUCCAGAGACCAACAUUGAGAGCAAAGUUGAGCCUCCUAUAUCUCAGCCUGCUUCCCAAGCAGACCUCCUUGCAGAUCUUUUGGGUCCUCUUGCAAUAGAGGGUCCUUCGGCUGCUGUAGAACAAAGUCCUGUUCAAGGAUUGGAGGCUAGUCAAAGUCCAGUUGGUGAUUUGGCACUAGCGACCCUUGAGGAUCAGUCGAACGCUGUUCAGCCUACUGUAAAUGUCGAGGAGAAGUUUCAUAUAUUGUGCUCAAAAGAUAGCGGGGUACUUUAUGAGGAUCCUCACAUUCAGAUUGGUCUAAAAGCAGAGUGGCGUGCUCAUCAUGGUCGUCUUGUUCUUUUCCUGGGAAACAAAAAUACCGCACCGCUUGUAUCAGUGCAGGCUCUGAUUUUGCCUCCUAGCCAUUUAAAAGUGGAACUCUCAUCAGUUCCUGAUACUAUUCCUCCAAGAGCACAGGUCCAAAUUCCACUUGAGAUUGUGAAUCUCCGUGCAAGUAGAGAUGUUGCUGUUCUUGAUUUCUCGUAUACAUUUGGAACUGCAUUGGUGAAUGUCAAACUUCGGCUCCCUGUUGUAUUGAAUAAAUUCUUGCAACCUAUAACUCUUUCACCUGAAGAAUUUUUCCCCCAGUGGAAAGCAUUGAAUGUUCAACCUCUUAAAGUUCAAGAAGUGGUUAAAGGUGUGAAACCAUUACCUCUUCCUGAGAUGGCUAGUCUUUUCAUGGGCCUUCACUUGGCAGUUGCUCCUGGACUUGAUACUAACCCAAACAAUCUGGUUGCAUGCACUACAUUCUUUUCCGAAACAACUCGUGCCAUGCUUUGUCUGGUGAGAGUUGAAACUGACCCACAAGACAGAACGCAACUCCGGCUCACAGUUGCAUCAGGAGAUCAGUAUUUGACAUUCGAGUUGAAAGAGUUCAUCAAGGAACAUUUAAUUGAUAUCCCAAGGGUACAAGCUGCCCCAGCUCCUGUCCCGGUGCAGCCACAGUUGCCUCCGGCGGUACCUGCCACAUACAACGACCCUGGUGCAAUGCUAGCUGGGUUGCUAUAAACAGUUGAAAAACAAAUAGCAUCUUGAUGUACAUGACAGUUGUUUAGUGUAAGGAUCUAACAUCACCACAAACAUCUUGCUGCUGCCAAGACGACAUGUGGUUGAAAGGCCAAUGAAGAGAGGGCUGGCGGAGUAGUCCUCAGCUCUUCAGAUUCUUCACCGGGAAAAGCGCUAGAUUUUUUGGGCCGUUGCAAGGCCCCUUCAUCACCAUAGCGUGUAAGUUCGUUUUGCUCCUCCGUCGUUUGCCACCACACUGCCAUCUUGUAUACUCGCGUUGCCCUAGGUCUUGGUGGUGAACAUGAUUAGUUUUUGUGUGUUUAUAUAAGUUGCUAGGGUUUUUCCACCAAACCGAUUGUAAAGUUGCCAUGUAUGCGCAUUGCAUUACGAUUUGUACCAAUAAAGGUUGGAAUAGGCAAAAGAAAUUCAUAUAGGUUUUUGUUAUCUAUGUGCAUGGUAUUGGUAUG